AUGUUGGAAGAUGGAGAUGUUAUAUCUCCAAGCGAUGAGGAACUAUUGAAAGAAUUGAAAACGGGUCAAACUUUUUAUUUAAAGUAUCUUGGAUCGGUGCAGGUUUUUGAAUCGUUAACGAAGAAAAAACCUGAAGUGAGAGAUAAUUGGACAAGGCAUUGCAUGUAUCGUAUUUGUCAUCAAUUGGGUAUUUGUAAUGAAAAUUUGAGGCCUGAUGAGCAACUGCUUGAUAAAUUAGGCGAAGUGAAGGUUGAAGACAAAAAUGUUGAACUAAAUGUGGCAUUACAUGCUUUUAUAAUUCUGGAUAAAGAUGGUAUACGUAUUUUGGAACGACAUCCUAUCCAUGUUAUUUCAUAUGCUUCAUCCGGUACAGAGGAAAGUACCAAAGGAGUGUUUUGCUUUGUAUCACACGUUCGAGAACUUGGAAGACGAUGCUUAGUUUUUAUGGAACCUGAUAAGAAUGUCGAUUUUAUUAUGGAGACUAUUCUUCAAGUAUUUCGAUUAAAUAAUAAAGGGCAUGGUAAUAAGUUGAGCAUAAAAAUGGCAAGAUCAUCAGAAUCGAGUUCGAAAUAUGAUCAAACUUCCAUGAACAUAUGUAAUUUGCCAGCUGCUUUGGGUCUCGAUAGACAACCUUGGUAUCAUGGUGAAAUGGAACGUGCUACCGCCGAAUCUAUGCUGCGAAAUGAAGGAGAUUUUUUGGUUCGUAUUAGUCCGAACACUGCUAAUAAUUUUGUGCUCUCUGGAAUUGCAAAUUCAAUUGCGAGACAUUUUUUGUUAUUAGAUGAAAACGAUCAAAAGGUUCGUAAGCAACAACAAGUAUUCGAAACAAUUGUUGAACUGAUUGAAUACCAUCGAGGAGAAAAUGUGCCAAUUAUCUCGGAAGGUAGUGAAUUACAUUUGAUCCGUCCCAUUGUAAGAUUUACUGCAUCAUUACCACUCCGAUAA